AUGGAUGCAUUCAUUGGAAGUUGGAAACUUGUCAAAUCUGAAAAUUUCACCAAAUACUUGACAGCACUUGGUGUUCGAGAGGAACAGAUCCGUGUUGCCCAAAUAAUUAAACCAACUAUAACUUUUUACAAAGAUUGGGACUAUAUAGUUGUUAAAACAGUGACCAGCAUUCAUACUGGAGAAAUCUGGUUCAGGCUGGGUGAAGAGUACUAUGAGAAAACCAAGGAUGGCAGACAAUGCAAGAAUGUUGUAACCCUGGAAGGAAGCAAACUUGUACAGGUGCAGACGUGGGAUGAUAAAGAAACCACGUUUGUUCGUGAGAUCAGUGGUAAAAACAUGGUCAUGACACUGACCUUUGAGGACACUGUAGCCACCCUCACCUAUCAGGCGGUAUAAAUGAUGGACCACUUAUCAGCCUAGAAGCAUGUUUUAAUGCGAAUAUCCACA